AUGCUGACAGCCAUACCGAUGGGCCUGGGUUCAAAUAACGGAGAAGGUAUAGAUAUUUGUAAGUUUUUACUGUCUGUACAGCAUGGGGACACUCAAAAUACUCGCAGGCCGAAAUUCCUCUUGAGUGUUUUGAAGGUAGAGCACUUCGAACCCUCCAUCAAAACUGGGCUGGGAGCUUUUUCGGUUCAAGUGUUCGAAACCCUGCCUCAAGAUCGGGAAGUGAAUCCCGGAGAACUCAUUGUCAUACCCUGCAAAGUUCAAAAUCGGAAAGGUGAAUGUGCAUGGCUUAAAGAUGGUGUGGUCGUUGGGAAGAUUCCAGGAAAAUAUACCUUCGAAAGAGAGCCAGGUGAUGGCGACUGUGGCAUCACCAUUGCCAACACACAACUCGAAGAUGACGAUGGGCUGUGGCAAUGUCAGGUGACUCAAGGCACGGUACAAGAUCCAACGCUAUUCUCUCCAGAAGUGAAACUGACUGUAAGAGAGGCACCUUAUCCACCCAUCAUAGAAGAUACUACCAUCCAAAUCGUCCAGGGUGAUCCUUUCACAGCAAGGGCGAACGAACCAAAACGCCUGCACUGUCUGGCAAGAAAAGGAAACCCUCCUGCUACACUGAAAUGGUUUCUCAAUGACGUUGAACUUACGACAAGUAUCAACCAAACGAAUAUUAGAGAUGUUGAGAAACGUAAAACGUGGCAGGCUGUUAGUGCCCUUGACAUGACGUUUACCAAAGAAGACAAUCAUAAAAUGCUGAAGUGUGUUGCCAUCCAUGAUGCGUAUGAUACCAAAGCUAAGGACAUCACGGUGCAGUUAGAAAUAUUAUAUCCUCCAGAGAUUAGACUGGAAGGCAAACCAAAGGAAGAAAUAGUAGAGGGAAUGUCCUUGACAUUAAGAUGUCGAGCAGACGCAAACCCUAAAGCCAAUAUCAUCUGGAGAAAAUCAGGACACUCUGGAAUAUAUGACAUCAAGGAUCAUAUAGAAUUUAAUCCUAUACGAAGAACUGAUUCUGGGGUCUAUAGUUGUUCGGCGAAGAACGAUAUUGGGCAAAGCGAAGAAAUGGAAAUAACUGUUGAUGUCAAAUAUAAACCAAAGAUAAAUCGUGUUCACCCGGCGCCCCGAACUACGGUUAGUUUAUAUCAGACUACAAGGCUGGUCUGUGAGGCUGAAGGCAAUCCUCCGCCAAG